AUGGUUGAAAAACCAUCUAUAUCGAAAGCUGUUAAUCAAACACUCGAUACAAUUAUGACUAAUAAUAUCAACCCACUAGAAACUAUUUCUGAUAUUGAAUCAAUUCCUGAUAAUAUAGAUCAGUUUGAUGAUUAUUUGAAAAAAGAAAUCGA